GCGCCCUUUCCCGGCGGCUGAUUCGAGGGCUUGUUUUGACACCAGAGGCGCCUCAGAAGGUGCCGCCGGACUGGCCAUGCCGUCCGAGGGUCGCUGCUGGGAGACCCUGCAGGCACUGCGCAAUUCCAGCAAAGGUCGUCUCUGCUACCAUCGCGACUGGUUGCUGCGGGGCGAGGAUGCUUUAGAAGAAUGUGUGUCUCUUCCCAAGCUGUCCCCUUUUUCUGGAUGGGUGGUAGAUCAUAUCCUACCAUACAAACAAGAGAACCCCGUUCCCUCAUCAGAGACUUCACUUUCAUCUGGAUCUGCUUCUGCCCUAGACCAACCCUCAGUAGUCCCCAGAUCUCCAGUUGGAAGCUCUGCCCUCUCACCAGCAUUGCCUGAAACACCAAAUGGAGCCCAGAGCAAACAGGAGUCUCAACAUACAGAAUCUAUGGCACUUCAGUCCUCUCGUGGAAUUAGAGUGGAAGGCUGCAUCCGAAUGUAUGAACUGGUCCACAGAAUGAAAGGAACAGAAGGCUUAAGGCAGUGGCAGGAGGAGCAGGAGAGGAAAGUACGAGCCCUCUCAGAGAUGGCGUCUGAACAGCUGAAGCGGUUUGAUGAGCUGAAGGAACUGAAGCAGCAUAAAGAAUUUCAGGAUUUAAGGGAAGUGAUAGAGAAGAGUACCAGGGAAGCCCUAGGCCACCAGGAGAAGCUGAAAGCUGAGCAUCGUCACAGAGCCAAGAUUCUCAACCUGAAACUGCGAGAGGCAGAGCAGCAGCGCUUGAAGCAAGCAGAGCAGGAACGACUGCGGAGAGAGGAAGGCCAGGUUCGCCUGCGGAGCCUCUAUACCAUGCAGGAGGAGGUACUGCAGCUCAACCAGCAGCUGGACACCUCCGACCAGCACAAGGACCGGCUGAAGGUGGACCUGGCUGCCUUCCGGACCCGAGGCAACCAGCUGUGCAGUCUCAUCUCUGGGAUCAUUCGUACCACUUCAGAGAGUGGCUAUCCCACAGCAGAGAACCAAGCUGAAGCCGAGAGAGCCCUGCAGGAAAUGCGGGACCUCCUCAGGAACUUGGGGCAGGAGAUCACCAGAGCCUGUGAAGACAAGAAGAGGCAGGAUGAGGAGGAGGCCCAGGCCAAGCUGCAAGCCUCACAGAUACAGCAGGGGCCAGGGCCCCACACACAGUCCCCAGUCCCCAACCAGGGCCCAGGAGGGACACGGAAUGAAGACCUCCAGAUGAAGGUCCAGGACAGCACGAUGCAGUGGUACCAGCAGCUGCAGGAUGCUUCUGCCCAGUGUGUGUUGGCCUUUGAAGGUCUGACCAGCAGCAAGGAUAGUCAGGCCAAAAAGAUAAAGAUGGACUUGCAGAAGGCUGCCACCAUCCCUGUGAGCCAAAUCUCCACCAUUGCGGGUUCUAAGCUGAAGGAGGUCUUUGACAAGAUCCACAGCCUGCUUUCUGGAAAGCCUGUUCAAUCUGGUGGUCGCUCUGUGUCCGUCACACUUAACCCACAGGGCUUGGACUUUGUUCAGUAUAAACUGGCAGAGAAAUUUGUGAAACAAGGGGAAGAGGAGGUGGCCUCUCAUCAUGAAGCAGCAUUCCCCAUCGCAGUUGUGGCGUCUGGGAUCUGGGAGCUCCACCCCAGAGUGGGGGACCUCAUCCUUGCUCAUCUACACAAGAAGUGUCCUUACUCUGUUCCUUUCUAUCCAGCUUUCAAGGAGGGGAUGGCUUUGGAAGACUAUCAGCGGAUGCUCGGCUACCAAGUGAAGGAUUCCAAGGUGGAACAGCAGGACAACUUUCUAAAACGCAUGUCUGGGAUGAUUCGUCUCUAUGCUGCCAUCAUCCAGCUCCGGUGGCCGUAUGGAAACCAACAAGAAAUUCACCCUCAUGGCUUAAAUCAUGGCUGGCGCUGGUUGGCCCAGAUCUUAAACAUGGAACCUCUGUCAGAUGUGACAGCCACUCUCCUGUUUGACUUCUUGGAGGUGUGUGGGAAUGCCCUCAUGAAGCAGUACCAAGUCCAGUUCUGGAAGAUGAUACUACUCAUCAAGGAGGACUACUUCCCAAGAAUUGAAGCCAUCACAAGCUCAGGACAGAUGGGUUCUUUCAUACGCCUCAAGCAGUUCUUGGAGAAAUGUUUGCAACGGAAGGAGAUUCCUGUCCCCAAGGGCUUUCUGACUUCCUCCUUCUGGCGUUCCUGAUGUUACUCCCAUCACCCAACAUCACCACUAUACUGUGAAGAGGCAAGAAUAAAGCAACUGAAGAUAGUUGUUUUUGGAAGAAGUCAUGUUAAAUUUAGAAGUUUGUCAGUGUGUGUUUUUACAUAUUUGACCAUGUGACUAGGAGAGAAGAUUUUCACAAAAUCUUGGUAAUUCCUUUACAGGUUUGGUAACUCAUUAAGGCAUCCACAUGCUGGAUUAAAUAGAGCUGGCUUUUCUGUUUUUUGUAAAAUUUGUGAGCAAAGGUGUUUAGUACUUGGUCUCAUCCUUUAUUUCCUUUGUCUCUGAGUGUCUUUCAGAAAGUUGGUGAUACAUUAGCCAUUUUACUCUGAACUAGUCUGAGCCCACCAAUUCACCCCUGUUCAGACAAAUUCCCAGAAAAAGAUUCGUAAGAUACCAUUCAAAGUAUCAUUAAAUGGUUAAAGCCAAAUCCUUACAUGCAUGUCUGGAUUAUGAUGGUUUUGCCUUUCUCAGCUUGUGAAGCAUUUCUAAAUGCAGAGGAGACAAGUGAUGUGUAGUUAAAUAAAGACAUUUGGGAGGAAUUAUAAUUUUUUUCAUGUUCCAAGUAAUGAAUGAUGAUUAAUUUGCCGACUGAAGCCACUGCAAAAAUCCAGAAUUUGAAUGUUCAGAUAAAAAUUGCAAUUUGUUUUAUGGAAAGACUCAUUCUCUAUUAUACUGCAGAGGCAGCAUCCAAAGAUCUGUCCCUCUACGCUGAGUGCUUUGUGGGCAUAUGUAUUCACUGGUACCCAAGUAGCUUGAAGUGACCCAUUCUAUGAAUCCUGACUGCAGUGCCAAAAAAUAAGUAAUAAAGCUUGAUUUUUAUCCAUUGCUGA